AUGGCUUUUGUUACAGUUAGUAUUAUUGUUCUUUGAAACUUGGUUUGUUGAUUAAUUGGGUUUAUUAAUUAAAUUACAAAUCUGGGUAAAUAUAAGACUUGUAAAAACCGUUUCCACCAUCGAUGUCAUUCCAUUAUUUUUUUUUAAAUAAACCGCGUUUCGUGUGUUCUCGCGAGAUCUGGGCAACAGCGCCCCCUUGUUUAUGUGUGGAAAAGCGACAGGAGGUAUGAGGAAUACUCCGCGGCUAACGAUAGCAACGUGCACAAAUAGGGAUUUAUUUCACUUUUGGUCUUCUCUGACACUCUGGAGGUCUACCAAAAGCUACAAGAGGACAUAAUUUAGGCUAAAGCCCUCGGUUAUUCUGUUACACUCCAACCGAGGCGAGCAGCGAGAACGAGAGACCCCCGCUAAUCCCGAGAAGAGGGGAAGCGGCCUGCUUUUGUAGCCGGCUUCCCGGUGCAGCUCAGACGGCGAGCACUGUCACCAGAGCCCGGUGCUUCCGCUGGUUUAUUUUUCUUUACACCGACAAAAGCGCCGUUGGGUGGAAAUUAUUUUUGUUUUAAUAACCACAACGUCUCCAUCACCCAUUUCCCUUCAUAUCGACGUGCUGCUGUCGGUAUUUGUCGCCCAGGAGGAGCGUUUGAAGCCGGGGCGGCCUGUUUUGUUUUCGAGCCGCCUUGAAUCUCCGCGAACAAUAACACAACCAUAACGAGCCUGCUGGGGCUGCAUUGCCGAGCCAAAUAGGAGACACGGCAGCCUCGGUGUGAGAUAAUAAAUGCAUUGUGUGACACCACUGCUGGACGGACGUGAAGACCCGGGACGAGCAUGCAUGUGGACUAUGGAAUUAUCGGAGGGAAACCACUGCAAACCGGAGCACUUUGUCACGAAAGCCCCUGUUUGAAUUUCGGAGCUGCUGCUGCUAGCUAACCAGCUGUAAGUAACGUUAAAAGGCCACUGACGGAGGAAAGAGCGCCACACGAUGCUUUGUCUAAUCAUAACUCACGGAUUGUAUGGAUUCACACAGAACCGACUUGGGUGAAUAUAUAUGCAUGCACGGCCUGCUUGUCAAUGCACUUGUAAUAUUCCCGAUCAAACGCAGCAGUGCAUUCAGAGCUGGGACAUCACAUUGAGGAUGGAUUGGAUGUGACUUGGGAUGACUAACCUUGAUUGCUCCCUGCGCAGACUGCUAUAUAUGUGGGAUUUACCGACGGGGAACUGAAGCAGUUGUAUCCACCUAUGCUCUCCUCAAAGCCACCAGACUCCGUUGAAAAAAACAGUGAUUUUACCGGACAGAACACAGGAGUUGCUGGUCUACCGCCGCCGCCAUCGUUUAGUUUGUAUGUGUUUUUGUGUGACUUUGGUGUUUUUACGUAUUAAUACAUCUUAACGGACCGCACCGGACGGGAGCCCCGGGACAGGCAGCUGAGAUGAACCCGGUGAAUGCGACCUCUCUCUAUGUGUCCGCGAGCCGUUCGGUGCUGCAGUGCGACCCCCGAGACCCCCGGGCCCUUGCAGAGCUCUGCAAGCUGCUGCCGUUUUUCCGUCAGUCCCUGUCCUGCUUGGUUUGCGGUAACUUGCUGCAGGACCCCAUCGCCCCCACCGACUCAUCAUGUCAGCAUUAUGUCUGUCGAGGCUGUAAGGGUCAGAGGAUGCAGCUGAAGCCAUCCUGUAGUUGGUGUAAGGACUAUUCCCGCUUUGAGGAAAACAGGCAGCUCUCCUUGCUUGUCCACUGUUACAGGAAGCUCUGCCUCUACAUUACCCAGUCGCCGCUCGCUCCACACAUAGCCAGCGCAGCGAGCGACUCACCAGACCUCCAGGCCAUCCUCAACGAGGGCCUCACUCUGGCUGAGAGCGAGCCAGAGGCGGAGGACAUUUCAGAUUCAGUCAGCCUGUCGCAGACGGCCUCCUCCUCCGAUGUGGUCCAGCCUGUUGAAGCUCCACUUACAAAGGAUCUCAAGGUGGAGGAACCGAGCCCUGUCAGCGUAAACGGGCUGCACGAUUGUAACGGCCUGGUCAGUUCGGACACACUGCAACCCAUCACCAUAGAAACAAGUGGAGGUGUUGCAAAGCAGGAGAGCUUCUCAGAGGAGAUCCCAGUGUGUGUGAGCGUCACAGGGACUGGGGAGGCGGGACUUUGUGACAUCAGCACCUUUGGGGAUGACCUGAAACAUGGCGGGGGGUCGUUGUUGUUGAGUGUUGAGGAAGUGCUCAGGACUCUGGAGACAGACACUGACCCUGACCCCAACCCCCAGCCAGACUGCCCCCCCUCUGUACCUCAGUCCAGCCUCAACGGGCCUCACUGCCCUGGCCCUGACUCCUCCCGCCUCAUCCCCUCCCUCACACGAGGGAACAGCCCUCGCCCACUCCAACCUCACCCGCAGCCUUCACUGCAACCUCCCCCUCAGCCCUCCACUGUCAUCCCCUGUGUCCCCCCUCGGUACCACCGCAAACGCUCCCGCUCAGAAAGCGACAGUGAAAAGUUGCAGCCCCUUCCCAUCUCCAGCCUCUUGCGAGGUCCUCCCCUCGGUGCCAACAGCUCCCCCCAUCACCCUAACCCUGGUGCUACCACCAAACAGGAGCCCAAGUUCCCACAAGCCACGCCCCACCCACACCUGGCCCCGGUGCCUAACGGUGGCCCCCCCAAGGUGGGCAAGACUGUGCUCGUCCCCAACAAGGCGUUGAAAAAGACAGUGGAGCACCAUGGGGGCCCCAAGAAGGCUUACACCAAGGCCAGGCAGGGGGCCCCCAAGCCCCGUGCACAACCCCGUGACAGAGUACCCCCACACCCCCAUGCUCACCCCCUGACACACCCACCCAGCCCCUCGAAGCCACUGUAUAAGAAGCCUGUGGAGAAGAAGGGCUGCAAGUGCGGCCGAGCCACACAGAACCCCUCGGUGUUGACCUGUAGGGGGCAGCGCUGCCCUUGCUACUCCAACCGCAAGGCGUGUUUGGACUGUAUCUGCCGUGGCUGCCAGAACUCCUACAUGGCCAAUGGAGAGAAGAAGCUGGAGGCCUUCGCUGUGCCAGAGAAAGCUCUGGAACAGACUCGUCUUACGCUGGGCAUCAACCUCACCAGUAUCACCGCAGCAGCCCUCCGUAGCCCGGCCACCAGCUCACCCGGCAACACCCUUCUCAACGUCACCACGGCUACAGGGGCACCUGUCACGGCCACCUUCCUAUCGGGGGCCGGGCACGACAACAGGGGCUUUGACGAUUCACUGGAGAUGCGGUUUGACUGCUGAGGUCUCGCCCCUCCUCCGGUCAGUCACAUUCCCCGCCCCGCCAGCUGGGCGUUAUCCAUCUGGGCGUGCCAGGGACCUGCAGUGGCGGAGCCAGAACAAGGCAGCUAUAGUGACAGGCGAUAGUGAGGGUCACCAGCUGAAGCUGAGGAGUCGCCCUCUACCCAUCGCCCGAAACUGCACCAUGCUUGUGGUCUUGCAUACAGAUACAGUGUGAAGAAGAAAGAGGAGAUGUAGCGUUACUGUAUGUUCAGAGAUUUCCUUUCAGUGCGGAUAGUUUUUGUUUCCUUCUCUACUAUGGGUAAUGUGUAGAGCAUGUUGUGUAGCAAAGUUGGGAGUGUUGACCGCGGUCGCACGCCGUGUGUGUGUGUGUGUGUGUGUGUGUGUGUGUGUGUGUGUGUGUG